GAAACUUCCAACAGAAGUGAAACGAGAUGUGCUUGAUUUGUCCAGACACUAAUUAAACUGAUAUUACAACUUGAAUUCAUGAAAAAGGAAAGGAACAAGCUCGUCGUGAAAUCAUUAUCCAUUUAAAGAGCCCAGAAAAUUCCCCUAUAGCGAGUUUUCCCCCCUGCGGGGCUCCUGUUCAUCAUGAUCGGAAUGGGGCCAGACGACUCUUCAAUUUCCAUCAAAUCAGCCUUCAAGUUCUGUUUCCUGCUCCUGUGCUUCAUACUGCUGGGGUUCGCUCUCGGGUACGUGUUGACGGGCUCUGGGGAGCGUCUGAGCAUCAUCUGGUUCCUCAGAAAUGCCUCGCCCUUCAUGUGGAUCUCGUUCGGAAAUGCUCUCUCCGUGGCUCUGUCAGUCAUUGGGGCUGCGAUAGGAAUUUACACCACUGGCGUGAGCAUCAUGGGAGGAGGCGUUCGAGCGCCAAGAAUCAAGACCAAAAACUUGAUUUCUGUAAUUUUUUGCGAAGCAGUGGCAAUUUACGGCCUGAUCGUAUCAAUUGUCAUCACAAGCACAGUAGAGAAUUUUGACGAGAAAUACGCGAGAAUGCACGGAGACCUGUACGUGAGGCUCUGGAAAUCCUGCUUCUCUUUGUUUGGAGCAGGUCUUACUGUUGGUCUGAGUAAUUUGUUUUGCGGAAUUGCAGUGGGAACAGUCGGAUCUGGAGCUGCUUUAGCUGACGCAGCAGACGGGAGUUUAUUCGUCAAAAUCCUGAUAGUGGAAAUUUUUGGCAGUGCCAUUGGUCUUUUCGGACUCAUCAUCGGCUUCCUAGAGAUUUCGUCAGCAAAUUUCAAGGUCAACUAGACGCAGUAGAACGUAUCUCAGCAUUAUUCGAUGUCAUGUGAGUUCCAUUUAAUCGUUAUUCAAGUUGUUUUCUCCUUUUUCGAAACGAAUGCAUCUUCAGUUAUUGGAGACAUAUUUUAGAAAAUAAACCUCAAGGAUUUUUCGUGAAAGCA